GAGGUUUUGUCUGUGGAGGACCGGUGAGCGGCCGGAGGGCCCUUCUCGCCGCAGCUCCGCCGGAGAGCACAGCGCGAGGAAGUUUGCCGAGUUCCAGCCUCAGCUGCGCUUGGCACCGCCCACCGGCCGAUCCAUCCCCCGGGUGUGGCCUCUGAUUGGCUGGAGUGGGUGCGGGUCCUGAGACUGAGCGGCAGGCGCCGGGCUGCGCAGCCGACAGUUUGCACUGGAGAUGCAAGCAGAGAGCAAGCGGAGCCAGCUGCGCUGAACGCAAGGGUAGAUUCUGCACCUGAACCACAGCUUGGAUUUGCUUUUUAAGAAGAAAAACAUUUUUAUGCAUUUGAUUUCGCCCUUCAAGACGCGUAAGAGGUGCCUGCUGUUUUAGUUCCUCGGCAACAUUUAUUUAUUAUCCCUGCUUGUCAGCCAACUGGAAUUUAAUAUAAACUGUGCUGAAAUACACACAGCGAAUAUUGUUUCUGAUUCUGCAGACUGUUUGUGGAGAAAAGAAAACAACAAGAAAAAGUGUAAGACUUUGAGGACUGAGAAACAUCCUUCCGCCACGGUUUAAAAUAUACUGGAUAAUUCUUGAGUGGACUGUAAGCGUUAAGACGUGCGAGUGCACACAGCAGCGCCUUUGGUCCUGUCAGAUCACGGGCUGAAUUUUCUCGACUUGAUACAGCAGUUUUGUUCCCAAAUGUGGAUUUUUUCCCCCGUUUUGCACCUGCUCAGCCGCAUCACACUUUAAGAUUUAACUCCGAAAAAAAGAGAAAAAACCCUAAACUAAUAUGUUCUACCUGCUCGUGAGGAACACAAGCUGAAAAGGUUUUUUUUUUAAAAAAAAAAACAAAUACCAUCGGAUGCCGCUGAAUACAUAAAAAUGCUGUGAAGCAUUCCACUGGUAAAUAUACACAUUUUCAAAAAUGUUAUUUUCAUGGAUUUUUCUUUUUCGUGGGUUGGCUUUAAGGAAUUUUUGCAACAAAUGACACGUUUAUUUUUUAAAAUGAAAUUGUAAUAACCAUUUCCUCUGCUUUAUUUUAAACGAUUGUAGUGAUAAUACAAAUACACCUUAGCUUCUAGUUCCAAGCUACGUGUACUAUGCCGAUAUAUGAGAACAAUUCAAUUUUCUGAAGUCUGUAUGCAUGCUAUCGGUAUUAUUUUAAUUUAAAAUGCAGCAUUCGGGAUAAUACGAUUCAUCUUUUAAUACUAUGAAGUCGAUGAAACGAAGAUCUGUCAUACAGUGAGUAAAUCAGAUUAAGGAGCUUGUUACUGAUAUCGCUAUCCCCAUGAAUUCCCUCUCCUGGUCUAAAACCGCUCUGUUGGCAUUUGCCUGAUAACUUUUUUUUUUAAAGAAAGUAAUAAUCGAACUGGAAUAAUCUGCACAUUAUGCAACGCGCUAUCAUGGACACUAAUGAUAGGCGAUACAGUUGUUCGUAGCUCGUAAGAACGCAAAUCAACAAGUAUAAUGUCCUCCAAGGAAAUGGAUUUUCUACAGUUUCUCCUGCUAGCUGUUCUGUGCUGGACCUGGGCCGAGGCUGUGAUCAAUCUUAAGUAUUCGGUGGACGAGGAGGAGAGAGCCGGUACUGUGAUCGCCAACGUCGCGAAGGACGCUAAGGAUGCGGGAUUCGUGAUUGAUCCCCGGCAGCCUUCCCUGCGUGUUAUCUCCAAUUCCGCACCGCAUUUGGUGGACAUAAACCCCGCAGGACUGCUGGUCACUAAGCAAAAAAUUGACCGGGAUAUAUUUUGCCGGCAGUCCCCUAAGUGUUUUAUUUCCUUGGAAGUAAUGUCUAACUCGAUGGAGAUAUGCGUGAUUAAAGUUGAGAUUAAGGAUUCGAACGACAACGCGCCCAGUUUCCCCACAGACCACAUAGAUCUGGAGAUCUCCGAAACUGCCGCCCCGGGCACCAGGAUUCCCCUAGAGGGGGCAAACGACCCAGAUUCCGGGAUCUUUGGCGUGCAGACCUAUGAGAUCACCCCCAACGAUCUCUUCGGACUCGAAAUUAAGACCAGAGGGGACGGGUCGCGCUUUGCAGAGCUGGUGGUGGAAAAGUCCCUGGACAGAGAAACGCAGUCGCACUACAGUUACAUGAUCACUGCCUUAGACGGAGGAGAGCCGCCUAAUUUUGGAUCUGUUGAGCUGAAUAUCAAAGUGAUAGAUUCCAAUGACAACAAUCCGGUGUUUGACGAGCCCGUGUACACUGUAAACGUGAUGGAAAACUCCCCUAUUAACACAGUAGUGAUUGACUUAAACGCAACAGAUCCGGACGAGGGAACGAAUGGAGAAGUGGUGUACUCCUUCAACAGCUACGUCUCGGAGAAAACUAGGGAGGUUUUCAAAAUUGAUUCCCGGACCGGUGUGAUCACCGUCAGUGGAGUCCUGGACUUUGAGACGAUGAAUAUUUAUGAGAUCGAUGUCCAGGCCAAAGAUCUGGGUCCGAACUCCAUUCCUGCGCAUUGCAAAGUGACUGUAAAUGUUAUGGACAUGAACGACAACGUGCCGGUGAUUAAUCUGCUGUCUGUGAACAGUGAGCUGGUGGAGGUGAGCGAGAACGCGCCGCUGGGGUAUGUCAUCGCCCUGGUCAGAGUGUCCGACAGAGACUCGGGGGCCAAUGGCAGGGUCCAGUGCAGACUGCAGGGCAGCGUCCCUUUCCGGUUGCAGGAAUACGAAAGCUUUUCCACCAUAUUAGUGGACGGAAGGCUGGACAGGGAACAGAGAGACACUUACAACUUGACCAUCCAAGCUGAAGACAGCGGUAUCCCCUCCCUGAAAACCACCAAGUCGUUUACAGUGAAAAUCACGGACGAGAAUGAUAACCAUCCCCAUUUUUCCAAACCGAUUUACCAAGUCAUUGUCCAGGAAAACAACACCCCGGGGGCUUACCUGCUGUCGGUUUCUGCCAGGGACCCAGAUCAGGGCUCCAAUGGUACCGUUUCCUACCAAAUCGUACCAUCUAAAAUCAGGGACAUGCCUAUUUUCACUUAUGUGUCUAUAACCCCCAACACUGGGGAAAUAAUUGCACUCAGAUCGUUCAACCACGAGCAGACUAGAUCUUUUGAAUUCAAGGUUUUGGCCAAAGAUGGGGGAAAUCCGUCCCUGACCAGUAACGCUACAGUGCGCGUUAUCAUUUUAGAUGUCAAUGACAACACCCCCAUUAUCACCACCCCGCCUUUAGUAAACGGCACAGCGGAAGUUUCUAUUCCACGUAACGCCGGAGUGGGGUACCUGGUCACACAGGUGAAAGCCGACGACUACGACGAGGGAGAAAACGGAAGAUUAUCCUACUCCAUCUCCGAGGGAGACAGGAGCCUUUUCGAAAUCGACCAGGUCAACGGGGAGGUUCGGACCACCAGGAUGUUCGGGGAGAACGCGAAGACAACCUACGAGAUCACGGUGGUGGCGCACGACCACGGGAAGGCGUCUUUGUCGGCCUCAGCCUUUAUCGUUAUCUACCUCUCACCCGAGCUGGACGCGCAGGAGUCUAUAGGUCCCGUGAAUCUGUCCCUGAUCUUCAUCAUUGCGCUCGGCUCCAUUGCGGCGAUCCUGUUUGUCACUAUGAUCUUUGUGGCUGUCAAGUGCAAAAGGGACAACAAGGAAAUCCGAACCUACAACUGCAGUUUCUUCUACUUGCGCAGGGUGGCGGAGUACUCCUACGGCAACCAGAAGAAAUCCAACAAGAAAAAGAAGAUCAGCAAGAAUGACAUCCGACUCGUGCCCCGAGACGUGGAGGAGACAGACAAGAUGAACGUGGUGAGUUGCUCGUCUCUCACCUCCUCGCUCAACUACUUCGACUACCACCAGCAGAGCUUGCCGCUGGGCUGCAGGCGCUCCGAGAGCACCUUCCUCAACGUGGAGAACCAGAACUCGCGCAAUGCCGCCCCCAACCACGGCUACCACCACACCUUCACCGGGCAGGGCCCGCAGCAGCCUGACCUCAUCAUCAACGGCAUGCCGCUGCCAGAGACUGAGAAUUAUUCCAUUGACUCCAGUUAUGUAAACAGCAGAGCACACCUCAUUAAAAGCACAUCAACAUUCAAGGACUUGGAAGGGAACAGUCUCAAGGACAGCGGCCAUGAGGAGAGUGACCAGACAGACAGUGAGCACGAUGUGCAGCGAGGCCUCUAUUCCGACACAGCGGUGAAUGAUGUGCUCAAUAUGAAUGUCCCAUCCAGUGGCUCUCAGCUCCCCGACCAAGAUCCAAGCGAGGGCUUCCACUGCCAGGAGGAGUGUCGCAUCCUUGGGCACUCCGACCGCUGCUGGAUGCCCAGGGUGCCCAUUCCGGCCCGUGCCAAAUCCCCGGAACACGGUCGCAACAUCAUUGCCCUGUCCAUAGAGGCCCCGACGGUGGACGUCCCGCACUACGAAGACUGUGGCACCAAGAGGACUUUUGCCACUUUCGGCAAGGACGGCUCUGACCACGGUCAGGAGGGGGAGAGGGGUGAGAUGAAGGUGAAAAGGACAACUGAGCUGCCCGUCUGCAGCCCCAAGGCCAACGGGGCCAUCCGAGAGGCAGGCAACGGGCGGGAAGCCGUGAGCCCCAUCACCUCCCCAGUGCACUUAAAGAGCCCCAUCUGCGCCAAACCCCCCGCCUCCUACAACACGCUGCACUGCCGCGACGCCGAGAGGAUCGCCAACCACAGCCUGCUGCGGCAGCCGGAGGGCAAGGACAGUGAGCCGGCGGUGCGAGAAAUCAGCCAGCUCUUCCACGAGCACAGGGACAAGGACUCCCCCGGGGGGAAGCGCCUGAAGGACAUCGUUCUCUAAAGGGGCUGCGGGGAAGCGGAGCGCGACAGGCUGCACACACUUGCAUCGGAACACCUGGAAACACAUCGACUGCGUAUCUCAGGCAGGCGCGGUGGGGAAAGCGAUCGACUCGGGAGAGGAUACGUGGCGCUGGGUGUCUGGGAAAAGGGGGCAGUGGGGAAUUUUUUCUUUUGCGUUUCCUUGUCGUUAUUCACUGUCCAGGAGAGAGGGAACUGAAAGGCUACUGGUUACCGUGUAACGUGCCGAAUCCCGGGACAGACAGCGGUGGAGAUGGGACUCCUGUGAAGGCGGAAUCAUGCCUUUUGUGUUGAGUUUUUUAUAUUGCCUUUUUGGGGGGGGGGAUGGUGGCUGCCAGACCAUUCUACCAUUUCAAUCCCAAGAGACCAUUUUUUUGGAAGGAAAGAAUCUGCAACAGACAGAUAAUCCAUUUCUAUCAUUUAAACUUUUUUUGUUGUUGCUUUUUUUCUGUUACCACUGGCUAUUUCGCUUUUUUUAAAACAAGGAGAAAGACGGCUUUCUUGGCGAGUUCGUUUUCGUUUUGCCCAAAGUUUCAAUUCAUAAAACAACAAAAAAUAUUCCCCUCCACGUUUCACUGAAGACAUUCCAGCUUCUCUCACAGACACAGAGAUGUGAGUGGAUUUAUUUUUUUUUUCUCUGAAGAAGCUAAAUAAACACUUAUCAGAUGAUGUCCAUGGAUAGGAUAGCUGGGAAAUGGUAAUUUCCUCAACAGGUCUCUCAAAGUAAACAGUGAAAAGACUGAAAAGACUCAUUUCCCAAAAGUCACCAGUCCCCAUUCACUGUUGUAGGUGGAAGAGAUGGGGCACAGUUUAAGAGAACUGUGUGCUCCAGUCUCCCCGUCGUCUGGAAUUCUGACUAUGGGGCUAGGUUCUAAAAGGAUCAUCAAUCACAUGUCUUGCUGUAUGUGAAGCUCUAUAUAGGGUUAAUUUUUUUAAAAAUAACCAGUUGUUAUGUGACAAUCCCUUUAAUGUUUCCUUUAAAAAAACCUGAAUAAAUAAACAUUGGUGUUCAACUGAAACUAAAGUAGCGUUUUGUUACACAAACACAGAAAAGGAAAAAAUCGUAUAUGCCAAAAUAUAUUUUAUAAAUAAUUUAAAAAUGUAUUAUGAGAAAUUUAAUGCUGUAUAGUUAUUUUAUUAGUAAGUUAUACUUGAAUUAACAGACUUUUUUGUUUAUUAUGAUGAUCAUAAUUUUUUUUUUCCAAAACUGAACUUUAUGUUUUACUAUGUUACCCCUGGCAACUGUUAACUUGCAGUCUACCUUGUUGUAAAAGAGUUUCUUAUUGGUCAGUUCUCGUGCCAUCAAGUUUCUGUGAGCUGUGUGGGCUAAUAGAAAAAUAUAAAAGAAAAAUAACAAAAAAAAAACAAUUUCAGCACCUACAGUAGUGUGUCAGUAAAUAUAAAAAAGAGCUUAGCGUGAGGUAGGAAACAAAACCAAAAACAGGAUGUAGGAAAAGACUAAGGAGACUAGAGGGAAUUGGUCAAACUUACUGAGCUGAAAGGAAAAUGGCUUUGUGACCCAGAGAAGGGUGGUGUCACACAUUUCUACACUGAUCUGUUUCUGUGUAUUUGAUCUAAGGUUCAGUUCUGUGGUAUUGAUGCAUAGCUUUAAGGUCCUCCUUGUGGUUAGUUUCUCUCCACAAGGUAGAUAAGGUAGAAGAGGACCGGAAGAGCAACCAAGACUGCUCCUGUUGUACUGAGAACAGUGAGGAUGUCUGAAGCUCUUCCAGCCUCUUGAAGCAUGUCCAUUGGCAAGGUCUUGGAAUCGAGUGCACAGGGUGACGAAAAAGAAGCAAAAUCAUUGCCUGGAUUCGUAGACUGGAUGAACGUGCUUAAAUCCGAAAGAUAAUCUGUACUUGUUUGUGGGUUUUCAGUUGCACUGGAACACACUGGACAGUGGAACAAGAUGCAUAACAUACAAUAGAACUUGUGGCUGAAUGUUUGCAGGUCUCUCCAACAGCUUAUGGCAACAUGAAAAUCGGAGUAAUCACUGAAUGUAUACAGCAGCUUAUUAUUAAACUAUUAAAUGUUCUCCA